ACACACAAACGCAGCACAACAAACACAGCAGCCAUGGGGAAGAAAGGAGGUGGAAAGAAGGGAGGCAAGGCGAGCGGCGAUGGCAGCGGUGGAGGAGGAGGGGAUGCCAAGAGCAAAGGCAAAGGCAGUGGCGGCAAGAAGGGCGCAGGCACCAACGUGGAGGUGCGGCACAUCCUGUGCGAGAAGCACUCUAAGGCCAUGCAAGCACUGGAACAGCUGCGGCAGGCCUACAAGCCCGCCGACGGCGGGAAGCCACAAACAGGCUACUCCACUUGGAUCAAGGUUGCAUCGGAGUUCAGCGAGGACAAGGCCAAGUCAGGGGGCAACCUUGGAUGGAUGGCGAGAGGGUCUAUGGUUGGACCUUUCCAGGACGCCGCAUUUGCACUUGAGGUCUCCAAGCCAAACGGCCCUGUCAUCUUCACAGAUCCCCCCGUGAAGACCAAGUUUGGCUAUCACAUCAUCAUGGUCACCAACAAGAAGUGAUGAGGACGAUGCAGCUGCACCUGCUGUGCAUGCACGACUCCCCCUGGCACACGCACGGGCGGCGGCUUGCACACAGAGAUGCGCGCACACACACGCGCGCGCGCACACACACACACACACAGACAGAUACAGACACACUCACUCACUCUGACACUCACACACGCACACACACACACACACAC